GCGCGGAGCCGUCGCCGCCGCUGUCGUAGCUGCCGUAGCUGUCGUAGCUGCCGCAAACGUCGCUAUGCCGGUGGACCUGGCGAAGUGGGACGGGCCGCUGAGCCUCGCCGAGGUGGAGCAGAAGCCGGCGCACCCACUGCGGGUCAAGUAUGGCUCCGUGGAGAUCGACGAGCUGGGCAAGGUGCUCACGCCCACUCAGGUCCAGCAUCGCCCCAUCAGCAUCGAGUGGGACGGCUGCGAUCCCCAGAAGCUUUACACUCUGGUUCUCACAGACCCUGAUGCGCCCAGUCGGAAGGACCCAAAGUUCAGGGAGUGGCAUCACUUCCUGGUGACCAACAUGAAAGGCAACAAUGUGGGCAGCGGGACCGUGAUGUCAGAUUAUGUUGGCUCUGGGCCUCCCAAGGGAACAGGUCUGCACCGCUACGUGUGGCUGGUCUACGAGCAGCCCCAGCAGCUGUCCUGCAACGAGCCCGUCCUGUCCAACCGCUCUGGGGACAAGCGUGGCAAGUUCAAGGUGGCCGCCUUCCGCAGCAAGUACGGGCUGGGGGCGCCAGUGGCGGGCACCUGCUACCAGGCCGAGUGGGAUGACUACGUGCCCAAGCUCUACGAGCAGCUCUCGGGGAAGUAGGGCCGGGGCCUGUGGGGCACUGCAGCACCCAUGGGUGGGGCACAGCACUGUAGUUCCAUUUCGUUAAUGAGUUGAACCCAACUGUCCCACUCUGGCCGCUGGAAAUGUCACCCUGUCGCUGUCCCUGCUCUGUGUCCCUGUGUCCAGGCCUGUGCUGAUGCCUGUGGUAUCCUAGCUAGAGAGCUGCUGAUGGGUGUCCCUAGAAAACUGACCUGCUUAAGGGAAGCAAAAGCCUUUGUGAAUUAGUGUCAAUUCAGGGAGUCUCUGCUGUCUUGGGAUGGCUUGAGGUGGCAGGGCUGUGGGUACAGAACCACUUUGGGGUGGAUGCUGCCUGUGGAGACUCCCUUUUCCAGGAGAGGAGAGUGCAGUCUAAGGGAAACUUCCUCCCCUUUUUUUUUUUUUUAUUUUCCCUGUACUGCAUUUGACCAGUGCCUCACUACAGCAGUGAAGGUGCAGCUCGAGGGGGAGGCAGGGGCUGGCCUGGAGAACUUCCUUCUGUUCUCUGCUGCCACUCAAAGCUGAGACUACUUUUUUGUUCAGUCCUGUGGUGACCUGCUGUUUGCUCACAGUGCAAUUAAAAGCUUCCCAAGGAA